AUCUGCAAUGGUACAUACAAACUCUCACCACGUUAUAAUGGAACAAAAUCGACACAAAAAGAAAGGCGGCGGCAUCCUUGAGGUCGAGUACAAAGGGUAUAAUUGAGCGAAGAACUACUGUGGGUUUUUGGAAUGCUGGAAAUUUUUCUGUCUUCUGUGCUGUGUUGUUGUGCUCACUCAGCUUUAAUCAUGUUAAAUCGACUGGCCUUCCUAGUCACGCGCAUCAAAACGAGCUCAAUGUAUACGCCGACAUUUAAGCGAUACCUUUUGUUUAUCUCGUUGUAAGUAUAGCACUCCGAUUUUUUGACAUAAGACACUGUCGAAUUUACUUAACAUCUGAAGCGGAAAAUUUUUCUAUAUUUCACCGUCGACGUUUGAUGUAUUUCUCCCACGCAUAAGCGGUUAACGAUCUAUAAAUUGACACAAUUUCCCGUUCGUUUUAGGAAUUGCUUCAUCACCUUCAUUCUGGGACAUGGUCACACGGUAAGCCAGCGCGCUAGAGAUAUUAUUGUUUUUGCAUCAACCGCAAGCAUCUAUCUCAGUUUUAUGGCAUAAAAUUCUUUCAAAAAAUCUAACCACAGGAUCGGGAGAAAUACUUUGAUAAGCACGUCAAGACGGAAAGAAGACGAAGCGACACCAGAAGCUUGCCAUUUCACCGCGAAACACAAUUGUAUUCGCGCUCCAGUCGAAGUCAUCUUCGAAUACAUGGAAAAAGAAUUGAUGCUUUGGGAAAGGAUGGAGACAAGUACGGUAAGUAUAGUUAGAGACAGAAGUAAAAGGUGACCCAAAACAUUCUGCCAGUAUUUACAAAAUGUUAUAAAAUAUUAAGCGCUCAAAUUUUGCUUUUAAGUUUGCUCCUUGCACCGCAGAAAUGUUGUUUGUUGUUAUCAUCGAAAGAACACUUUCUGAAACGUUUAUCUGAAAGUUUAACGCCUUUAAAGCUGUCGUCAAACACUCUCUUUAAAGGCUCCCCACGAAGUAAAGCGAUUAUCUCGAGUGUUAACAAGUGAUUUUUCAUUCCGCACGUUUGAUAGCAGCAGUUUAAACCGCAUAUCCCGCAUUCAAAAUACUUUGUUCCAUUUCUAGGCACGUAUCUAUAACUUUGCAAUUAGAUUUGGUAACUCAGAUGCAAGUUCAACCUACAAUAUAUAUUUAUAUAUAUACAUUUUUUUUUCUGUGAGUGAUUAAGAAAAUCUCAUGAGGAUAAAUACGUUGAUUUUAUAAAAAGUUCUCGUCUUAGAUUUUCAAUGUUGUUUACUGUGAAAAGCAUUUUGCUUAGCUGGUUCGCGAGGCUUUACUUAGCAUUGAUCAUUACGAGAUCAAUUUUAGCAGAGAAAUGUUAAAAGCUAAUGCUAUCACUAAACCGAACCAAAAAAGUAUGUACGGUAUUCACAGUUUACUUUAUACGUAGUAAAACAGGAUGUGAUGGUGACCGCCUAGGACACUACUGUCUUCAAAAGAACGUUAUUUGCUGCACAGGCCUAAUCCUAAGAGAAACACUUAGGUCGACACAUAACUGAGCGAGGAAUUUAAUUUAAUCUAUUUACGUCCAGUACACUAUUGUUUGCCCUAAGCGGCGUCAGUAUAUUCUGUUGAUAGCUUUAUGAGGUCCCAAUCAAACCUUUUAGUCAAAAAACUGUCAAGCCUGAGGUCGAAAAUAAAUCCACUGUUAAGUCUAUGAAAAGGGUUUUCCCAAAACGGUGGAAAAAGCUCUAUAAUACGACGCUCAUUUUUCCAAAUGCAUUUCGAGGCUCGUUUAUAGAACAAAAAUGGCAGGAGCUUGUUUUAAGUUAUUUGGUUUUAACGAAGUUGGGGAGCAUGAGGGAUUAGAAAAUGCCUAUCCCAAGCUGAUAAACCGAAACACAUAUCAAAAAUUAAGGCAUUCUUAGACACAAUGCAAAAGCUUCCGAAAAGAAUUUUCGAACUUUAUCCUGUGCAAACAAACCAGACUGAGUUGUUUGACACGUCAUGAGAAUGUUUUCUAAAUGAUGUAUCCUUGCUUCUUUUUCUUGCAGCUAAACUGGUCAUUGAAUCGGACAAUUUCGGAAGGGUACGCAUUCGCGGAGCGCUGACUGAUUACUACCUGUGCAUAAAAAGAAAUGCAACGUUUAUCGGCAGAAAGGUAACUCUUGUUGCUUGUGUCAUUUCAUUAUAUUAUGCCCCUAAUGUUUACAGUGUGCUGUGUAUUCUUUAAUAAUAGGAAGGAUUAAAUAAUGCAGUGGAAUCUGGCAAAUUUGCAUCCCUUGGAGAAAAGCAUUCCAGGGGAUUGUACUUACUGAGCCCAAUCAUUUUCUAGCACAAUUAUGUGCACCAAGUCACUUGUGUUCCUAAGAAGAAUGUAGUGUCCGCUAUGGUUCCAAAAAAAGGCGUUGCGCGUGUGAAGCUGUCCACAUAUUUGGCUUGGAAUGACACUAGGUCAAUAUAACCCACGCAUGGGAAAAUUCCCUGCAUUUCGGACAAAAGAUAGCCAAACGGAUUUCUUGAACAUGUCAAAAAGUGAUAAGCAACUGAACCUUUUAAAUUAAAUACUUAACCAUUUAACAAACGUAUUAUGGAAGUAACUGUCAAAUGAGUUCGACAAAAUGGUAGGUUUUGGCUGCGACUGAUUUGAAUGUCAGUUUGUGUUAAUUCAGUCCAACCUGUCCAGCCUGUUUCUGAAUAACUUGCUCAAUAAGACAUCAAGAACUGUAACCAUAUUUAAAGUAAAAAGGUAUCGUUCACAGUUUUUCAGACUACAUAAUAAUCCAUGGUUUUUCUAGAAUAUUUUUUUUAAUUUUCGGAGAUCCAAGGAGACGCCUAGGGGAUUAUAUCCUUAUCAAAUCAAACUAAUCUUAAACCUAAUUAGCUGAACCAUUUUAAAAAAGUUGGAAAAGCUCCAAAUUCAAUUCUAAGCUCUCUUAAAGUCCUAACACACGGAUGGUGCCACAAUAAAAGCUAGUUAAUUGCAAGUAUGAGGAAGCCAUAUUAAGCAACAAGGAUGUUGGCAUGCACAAGAGAAUUUUGGCGCCAAAACUUCGAAAUUGAGUCAAAGGGGCAGUCUCCAGCACGGCUGUCUUGUUCAUGGACUAAACCAAGAGAGGAUAAAGCUCCUCUCGUGAUUAAACUUGCCAAUAACACCGGUAUUUUUUUCGCCAAGGAACAUGACGUUAGCGAGGAAUUUUAUCGUAAAUGAAAAAAUCACAGCUCCGUAUCAAACGAAUAUCUCUCCUAAAUCACACGGUACAAACAACAACAAUGAACUUUUAAAACGGUUAGCCUAAUAAGUUUUCAAAACGCUGUGGCUAUAUGGCCGGUAACCGGUCAAGGUUUUCAAAACACUAAAUGGCCGGCAGUCCUACAUUCUCAGUAAAUUUCACAAAAUCGAAAGAUUUUAGCUAAUCUAAACUAUCAUAUGUCGAUUUAGAAAAGUCAAGCGAUCCUGAAAUGCUUUAUAGAUCAGGGGCACCCAACGACAAUUUUCGGAAAAUAUCUGUUGGGAAGACGAUUUGACAUCUAGAAUUUUCGGAACAUUUGUUGUAAAAUUUCUUGCCUCUCCUAAGAUUUUCGAACAUCUAAAAACUGCUAUAAUUGCCCAUUUUUAACUGAUUUUUACCGUUAAAACGUCACCUAGAAUUUUCGGGAGCCUUUUUUCUGGCUGAAAUUUUCGAAAAGGUAAGUUUUGAUCCCUAUAAUUUUCGGAUCAUUAGACUUUCAGCUAGGAAAUCCGAACAGAUGAAAAAUUUUUAGGGGAUAAAAAUAUGCCCAUAUCUAGUGUUUAAAUACUAAAAUUAGUUUAACAAUGCUAUGUUUAAGUGGUUUUGAACUAUAUUCUCGUUGGGUGCCCCUGAUAGAUCUCAAGUCUAGUGUUUGGUUUACGCCGGGCUCAGAAGACGAAACCGUGUUUUGUGACACCUAGAACUUUUUUCAGCUCGACUGCCGGUCGAGGUUUUCAAAACACUAAAUGGCCGGCAGUCCUAUAUUCUCAGUAAACUUCACAAAAUCGUCGACAAGAUAAUGUUGAAGUGUAUUUCAGCUCCAGAAGCAGCAGACCAACUAACGCGUGGAGACUUUUCCCGCCGGUUUUCCGCAAAAGGCCGUAUGAAAGGUCAAGAUAGUAUGACGUCAAACGUCGCCUGUCACGCCAUGCUUUGGACAGAAAAUAGUAACAAACAAACAAAAACAUGAUAUAGAAAUCCCACAAAACCGGCUGAUUUGAUCAGGAUCACGACAUGUGAUAGUUUAGAUUAGCUGGAUUUUUUCGAUUUUGUGAAAUUUACUGAGAAUAUAGGACUGCCGGCCAUUUAGUGUUUUGAAAACCUUGACCGGCAGUCGAGCUGAAAAAAGUUCUAAGUGUCACAAAACAUGGUUUCGUCCCCUGAGCCGAGCGUAAACCAAACACUAGACUUGAGAUCUAUAAAGCAUUUCAGGAUCGCUUGACUUUUCUAAAUCAACAUAUGAUAGUUUAGAUUAGCUAGAAUCUUUCGAUUUUGUGAAAUUUGCUGAGAAUAUAGGACUGCCGGCCAUUUAGUGUUUUCAACACCUUGACCGGUUACCGGCCAUAUAUAGCCACAGCGUUUUCAAAAACCCCAAUAAUGAGUACUGCAAUCCGUUUUAAUCUUCUUCAAGUUUUUCAUCUGUGCAUUUCUUUGUAUUUUCUGUGUUGUUCAUACCUUUUUAACGAUUUGAGCUGUUAUUUUUAUGUUUCACCCAAUUUGGUGGCAGCUCUCGCCUUUUGAAUUAUGGUAAAUUUCGUGACACAACUCCUAUAAAAUCGAGAUGACAGGAAAAGAGGGUUUUCGUAACUAGCGCCAGUGUGUUUGUAACUAAUGCUUACAUUCAAGUGUUUGCCUCAAACAUGUAAACCAGUGUUUGACAUACGGGAGAAUUAUUUCUGGAAAAAUGGUACAAGCAACACUUCUACUUUGUGUUUUUAAAUAUAUACAUAAAUAUUCCGUCGAUUCCUUUUCAUACAUUUCGUUCUUACAUGACAUAACGGAAAAUUAUUUACCCUCAGCAGUAUUGAUAGCAAGAAUGCUAGUGAGGCAGAGCAAAGGGUAAAUGAAUGAACAAAAAACUUAGUGAAAUGAAAGCUAACAGGGCUAAGAAUACACCCCUCUGUAACAGACCCAGUGCAAUAUAUAUCUUCACCAGGUUCUCGGAGAAAACGUCACCGGGUUAUUUUCCACUAGGCUGUUUUUUUCUUAGUUGUGUAUCUCCCCUAAAACCCAAAAGGGGUGGCAGUUCUUACACCGUUGAAAACCUUUUACAUAUUUCUUUGGCGGGAAGAACUAGAAGAUUAAACUUUUUAUACGAGCGCUGAGAUUGAUUACCUGUACUCUUAGAUUCUUAUUGUCACUGGUAAUAGUGUUUAAUAUUUUUGCUUUGUUUAAACAAAGCUCGUUUCUUUGCCAAUUAAAACCGGGAGUUUGAAUUCUUAAGUUCCCGGAAGGGAAGAUUUUGAGUACCAGAUUAUAAUGAUAGUCGGUGAAAAUGAAUUGCAGUUGCCAAAAAAAAGCCUGAAAAAUUCAGGCUUUCCGGAAUUCGAACCCUGUCCUCUGCGAUACCGGUGAAACGCUCUAACCAGUGGAGCCAGCUAGCCAGCUGGGAGCUGCCAUUAAAUCGGGUUCGUAAUACUCCCGCGAAAGAUGAAGAUAAAAUAUUUAUAAUGAACUUGAUAUAUAAAUUUCAUACAUUUGAACUGCGGAGUUUCGUCAAAUAUAUGAAAUUCAUAUAUUCAUCAUUUCGAUGGUAAAAUAGCAGAAGUAAAACGAUGUGCCCUCUCUUGCAGGCCACAAGGUCGAGAAGGUGUGUCUUUUACGAGAAGUACGCUGAAAAUCACUACACAGAAUUCGUGUCUGCCUACAAUGAAAAUUGGACUAUAGCUGUGUCCAAAAGCGGCAAAAUGAGGCCAGGACACAAAGGACGGAGGGGACAAAGAACGGUUCAGUUCAUUGAACGAGCUUCAAAAAUUAUCAUUCAAACUAAGAAUGUGGAAGAUUCUCUGUACAUUGGACUCCGAGAUCAUAUUGAGCAGCUGCUACGAGCAUACAGAACUAAGGAAAACGCUGGUAACACUGGAAAUGGGAGAAAAAUGCCGCAUCCAGGAUACUCCAACUCAUGGAAGCGUAAGAACAAGAUGAAAAGGAAAGAGAAGAAGAUGAGGAAAAGAUCACAAAAGCGAUUACAGAAAGCACUUAGAAAGCUACGCCGUAAAACAGCAAAUGAAAACCAUAGCUAA